CAAGAGGAGCUUCCGGCAGAGCCGGAAGACCUUCUCUCUCGCGGUGUCGAGUGGAUCCCGGCUGCGGAGUGGGGAGUGGAGGUCUGGGCCGGUCCCGGCGACUCCAGCGCCUCUGGUCCACGACCUGUCCUUGGAGCCAUGGGUGUGAUAGGUAUACAGCUGGUUGUUACCAUGGUGAUGGCCAGUGUCAUGCAGAAGAUUAUACCUCACUAUUCUCUUGCUCGCUGGCUACUCUGUAAUGGCAGUUUGAGAUGGUAUCAACAUCCUACAGAAGAGGAAUUAAGAAUUCUUUCAGGAAAGCAGCAAAAAGGGAAAAGCAAAAAAGAUAGGAAAUAUAAUGGUCACAUUGAAAGUAAGCCACUAACCAUUCCAAAGGAUAUUGAUCUCCAUCUAGAAACAAAGUCAGUUACAGAAGUGGAUACUUUAGCAUUGCAUUACUUUCCAGAAUACCAGUGGCUGGUGGAUUUCACAGUGGCUGCUACAGUUGUUUAUCUAGUAACUGAAGUUUACUACAAUUUUAUGAAGCCCACACAGGAAAUGAAUAUCAGCUUAGUAUGGUGCCUACUUGUUUUGUCUUUUGCAAUCAAAGUUCUAUUUUCAUUAACUACACACUAUUUUAAAGUAGAAGAUGGUGGUGAAAGAUCAGUCUGUGUUACAUUUGGAUUUUUUUUCUUUGUGAAAGCAAUGGCAGUCUUGAUUGUAACAGAAAACUAUCUGGAAUUUGGACUUGAAACAGGUUUUACAAAUUUUUCAAACAGUGCGAUGCAGUUUCUUGAAAAGCAAGGUUUAGAAUCUCAGGGUCCUGUUUCAAAACUUACUUUCAAAUUUUUCCUGGCUAUUUUCUGUUCACUCAUUGGGGCUUUUUUGACAUUUCCUGGAUUACGGCUGGCUCAAAUGCAUCUGGAUGCCCUGAAUUUGGCAACAGAAAAAAUUACACAAACAUUACUUCAUAUCAACUUCUUGGCACCUUUAUUUAUGGUUCUGCUCUGGGUAAAACCAAUCACCAAAGACUACAUUAUGAACCCACCAUUGGGUAAAGAAAGUGUCCCUUUAAUGACAGAAGCUACGUUUGAUACUCUACGACUCUGGUUAAUAAUACUGCUGUGUGCUUUGCGGCUGGCCAUGAUGCGUAAUCACCUGCAAGCUUACUUAAACUUAGCCCAGAAAUGUGUGGAUCAGAUGAAGAAAGAAGCAGGGCGAAUAAGCACAGUCGAGCUACAGAAAAUGGUUGCUCGAGUCUUUUAUUACCUUUGUGUCAUUGCACUGCAGUAUGUGGCUCCUCUGGUGAUGCUGCUUCACACAACUCUGCUUUUGAAAACUCUAGGUAAUCAUUCCUGGGGGAUUUAUUCAGAAUCUGUCUCUACCUUGCCAGUGGAUAACAGUUUACCCUCCCAUUCUGUUUACUCUGAAUUACCAUCUGAUGGGAAGAUGAAGGUAACUGUUACACAAAUAACAGUGGCACUGAGCAGCUUAAAAAACAUUUUCACUCCUCUGCUUUUUCGAGGACUUCUGUCUUUUCUGACCUGGUGGAUUGCUGCUUGUCUCUUUUCUACAAGCCUUUUUGGGCUUUUCUAUCACCAGUAUCUGACUGUAGCAUGAAUCUCAGUUAACAAAAAAGAAUAUCGAAGUCACACUUUGAGUUCAAAUAGUCAUGCCCUUGAAGGGCUGAUGAAAACCAGAAGACAGCAAAUACAAAGGAAAAACAUAUCAGAAUAUCUUGUUUUAAAUACUUCCUCUGUAUUCUCAGGGUGAAUUAAUGGUAUUAAUAUUUAAAAUUAUAGAAUAGAUUGUUAAAGGCUAUACUGUGGCAUUGGAAUUUUAACUUCUUGUAUUAAUGGAUGUGAGAGGGCUAUCUACAAGAGUAAUACUUCUGAUUACCUUGGUUUACAGAAACCUCCAGCAGUCUUUGAAACUUCAUUCAUAUGGCGCCAGUUUUUGUGAUUGCUCCUAAUGGUAUUGAGGAAGGUACUGUUUAUAUUUGUAGUGGCUGCCUAUAGAACAAUCUUCAAACUGAGCCAUGCUUUAGGAGAGAGAAAGGAGCUAAAGUCACUUCUGUUGGUAAUAUACCAGUCACUCUUCAACAGCAACAAAAAAAUCCAACAGAAGGAAAGAAAUAGCUACUGUAUAUUACAGUAAAGAAAGCUGCAUAGUAAUUUUAAAUUUAAUGGAGAUAUACAUGCUUAAUAUCUAUAAGUACUGCUGCUUGAGAGUAGCAAGAAUAUUGUUUUAAAAAGUAUUCUAUCCAACUGAGGGAUCUUUUAAAAUGGUUGGCUAUAUGAACAUUUGUAGUCUUGCCAUUACAUUUGGACCUCCCUUAUUUUAUUCUCUGAUCCCAAGUACAGUUCUCUUUAAUAGUCUAAAGAUAUUUAUCAACAUUGAUCAGACUUUUAAAAAAUUACUUUGUAAUCCUGCUGACUACUUGUAUGUAUUAUAUAUAUAUAUAUUAUAUAUUAAAUAUAUAAUAUAUUGAGAUUAUUAAAGAUGAAAAUAUUGGAUUCUUAUAAUAUUUUAAGUUGCUGAAUGUAUGUUAAAAUGUGAUUGAGAUGUGUUUGUAUCUAGAAACUUUCUUUCUGGAAUGAGAUUAAAAUACAUUUUGAAAAUUCA